AUGGAUAAUAUUAUAGAAAAUUCUUUGAACUUCUGGUAACAAAGACUUCAUACAACAAUUAGAGAUCAAAACUCAAUCCUUAUUAUUCCAAAAAAAAUAUCAAUAGUAGAUAGAGUAGUAAUAAAAUCGGCUUGCUUCUGGAAUAAGAUGGCUGAUGAAUUCUUAGCUUAAGGUUCCACAAAUAGAUCUAUGGAUAGUUUGUCCUCUUUACCAAAUAAACAGCAGAUAUCCGAUUGCUGA